CGAAGUAAGCUGGGCCGCGAAGUUGACUCGUGAGGAAGCUUGAAGUCGACUUCAAUUGCUUCUGUCUUGGCUGUAGUGUUUCAUACUCACCUUGACAUCGAUACAAGAUGCAGUUGUGUCCCAAGGAGCUCGACAAGCUCGUCAUCUCUCAGCUUGGCCUACUCGCACAACGUCGUCUAGCGAGGGGCGUGAAGCUGAACCAUCCCGAGGCAACUGCUCUGAUCGCGAAUAACUUGCAAGAACUCAUACGUGAUGGAAACCACACAGUCGCAGACCUCAUGGCCAUUGGCACGACCAUGCUCGGUCGUCGCCAUGUCCAGCCCUCGGUGGUCUCAUCGCUUGGCGAGUUGAUGGUCGAAGGCACUUUUCCGACAGGCACAUACCUCGUAACCGUCCACCACCCGAUCGCUUCUGACGAUGGCGACCUCGAGAAGGCUCUGUAUGGAUCAUUCUUGCCUGUCCCUUCGAACGACAUGUUCCCGCUGCCCGAGACGAGCGUAUACGAGGCUUCGAAACAGCCUGGCGCGAUAGUAGUCGUACAGGGAGAGGCAGGAACUAUCAAGCUUAAUGAAGGGCGCAAGCGGAUUAAACUCAAAGUCAAGAGCAUGGGCGACAGACCAAUUCAGGUUGGAUCGCACUACCACUUCAUCGAAACAAACCCGCAGCUCCAGUUCGACCGUAUCCGUGCCCAUGGCUAUCGACUCGACAUCCCCGCCGGUACCUCCGUACGUUUCGAACCUGGCGACACCAAGACCGUCACAAUGGUGCAGAUUGCCGGCAAUCAAGUAAUCAAGGGCGGAAAUCGAAUCGCGUCGGGCUCGAUCGAAGACGCGUCACUUGCGAAGGGCAUCUUAGGAAGAUUGAAGGAGGGAGGUUUCUUGCACGAGCCCGAACCGACCAGCGACGCCGCACACAUCGACUUCUGCACCAUGGAACGACAAACAUACGUUUCAAUGUUCGGUCCCACCACUGGCGACUUGGUUAGGCUAGGAUCUACAGAUCUUUGGGUGAAAGUAGAGAAAGAUAUGACAAAGUACGGCGAUGAGUGUGCGUUUGGAGGUGGAAAGACCCUGAGAGACGGUAUGGGCCAAGCGGGAGGCAGAUCAGACUCAGAAUCCUUGGACACUGUCAUCACAAAUGCGUUGAUCGUUGAUUGGACGGGGGUCUUCAAAGCUGAUAUUGGAAUCAAGGAUGGGGUUAUCGUCGGUAUCGGAAAGGCCGGCAACCCAGAUGUCAUGGAUGGAGUCGACCCAAACUUGGUUGUUGGAUCGAACACGGAUGUGAUUGCUGGAGAGCAUAGUAUUAUCACAGCAGGUGGAUUUGACACCCAUAUUCAUUUCAUCUGCCCCCAACAAGCAGAGGAAGCGAUUGCUUCUGGUAUUACGACAAUGCUCGGUGGUGGUACGGGACCAAGCACUGGCACAAACGCGACGACGUGUACGCCCGGGAAGACGCAUAUCAGACAGAUGCUCCAAGCCAUUGACCAGCUCCCUCUUAACUACGGUAUCACUGGUAAAGGAAACGACUCGGAACUUCCUCCCCUCCGGGAACAGGUUGAGGCCGGUGUCUGUGGUCUGAAAUUACAUGAAGAUUGGGGAACAACUCCAGCAGCCAUCGACGCUUGUCUGACAGUAUGCGACGAAUACGACGUCCAGACGCUUAUUCACACAGAUACUCUCAACGAAUCGGGUUUUGUCGAGUCCACCAUCGGCGCGUUCAAGAAUAGGACGAUCCAUACGUACCACACUGAAGGAGCUGGCGGCGGCCAUGCGCCAGAUAUCAUCAGCGUUGUCGAGCACGACAACGUGCUUCCUUCUUCGACAAACCCGACCAGACCAUACACCCGGAACACACUGGAUGAGCAUCUUGACAUGCUGAUGGUGUGUCACCAUCUGUCGAAAAACAUCCCCGAAGAUGUCGCUUUCGCCGAGUCUCGUAUUCGCGCCGAGACUAUCGCAGCAGAAGACGUUCUACACGAUCUCGGCGCUAUCUCCAUGAUGUCGUCGGAUUCUCAGGCCAUGGGCAGAUGUGGUGAAGUGAUUCUGCGAACAUGGAACACGGCACACAAAAACAAGGUCCAGCGCGGAACACUCAAGGAAGACGAAGGCACCGGUGCAGACAAUUUCCGAGUAAAGCGAUACAUCAGCAAGUACACCGUGAACCCCGCUAUCGCCCAGGGUAUGAGCCAUAUCAUUGGAAGUGUCGAAGUUGGAAAACUCGCAGAUCUCGUUCUUUGGACACCCGCGAACUUUGGUGUCAAGCCAAAAUUGGUGAUCAAGAGCGGAAUGUGCUCAUACGCUCAGAUGGGCGACCCCAAUGCUUCGAUCCCCACUGUCGAACCCAUCAUAAUGCGACCCAUGUUCGCCACUCUCGUGCCCCAAACCAGUAUCACAUUUGUCUCUCAAGCAUCCGUCUCUUCAGGUGUCGUCAAGUCCUAUGGUCUGCGGAAGAGGGUUGAGGCUGUCAAGAAUUGCAGAAAGAUCGGCAAAAGGGAUAUGAAGUUUAACGAUACGCGACCGAAGAUGAAGGUCGAUCCAGAGAGGUAUACAGUGGAAGCGGAUGGGAUGGUGUGCACAGCAGAGCCGGCAGAAAACUUACCGCUGACGCAAGGGUACUUUGUCUAUUGAAUUAUCGUAGUACCUGUCAGCG